CGGCAAAUGGCGAAGAUCUAUUUUGACAACUGACGUUGGAGUUAGAGAAUGGACCGGGUCAGAUCCUGCUGAUACAUCUACAUUCUGCGGUUUGCCGUAAGCCAUUUGCCGGCUGGUCGUCAAUCGGCAGCCGAAACACGAUUCCGCUUCGGAUUAGCUUGGGAUGGUGUUUGGCGGGGAACCGGGGAUAGCGUCGGAGAUUGACCAAUCCCCAUACUUCGCUACGGUCGGCAAUCGGCAGUAAGGAGUAAGACUUGUAAUUAGUGAUUUGGCAAUUGAUGCACACGGUUUGACACACAGUCGGCUCUUCCCAGUUAUCCUGGAGCUCGCCCGAUAACAGCUCGGAGGCUCCUACGAAGUCGACUGCCGAUCCUUAGAACCGUGAGGGAGAAUCUGACCAGAAGACCAGAGUACAUAAAUCUACUUCCAACCACCAGAAUCACCGCUAAGUUCGUACGACAUACGAUCCGACGGACACAAACCUGCACCAUGCCUUUCAAAGCUCCCUCCUGGGUGCCGCAGCUCGCGUUCGACCCGCCAGAUGACGUCUCGAUAUGCGACUUCAUCCUCGAUGACAAAUACGCGCGCCAUCCCCUCAAAGACUCGCGACCGCCCUUCGUGUGCGGCAUCACGGGCAAGUCAUACACGGGACUGGAAGUCAAGGAGCGGAUUCAGCACGUCGCGGCGGGCCUGUCGAAGGAGCUGGGGUGGUUGCCGAACGACGGCUCGGAUUGGGACAAAGUGCUGUGCAUAUUUAGCACCAAUGCGAUCGAUUACUUGACCGUGGCAUGGGGCACGCAUCGAUUAGGAGGUAUCGUCUCCCCAGCCAACGCCGCCUACAGCGUUUCCGAGCUGGCAUAUCAAUUGAAGAGCUCGGGCUCACAAUGCGUGUUCACCUGCGCGCCGCUGCUGGAAGCAACCUUGGAGGCGGCUAAGGAGGUUGGGAUCCCGAAAGAGCGGGUGUACAUCCUGGAAGUGCCUGGGCCAUCGGCGCCGAAGGAGUUUAAGACGGUGGAUCAAUUCAUCGACGAAGGUCGCAAACUGCAGCCGUUGGAGAAGCUCGUUUUUAAGCCGGGCGAAGGGGCGAGGCGGAUCGCGUUUCUGAGCUAUUCGAGUGGAACAUCGGGAUUGCCGAAAGGCGUCAUGAUUACGCACCGCAACGUGAUCGCGAACACGAUGCAGAUGUGCACGUUCGAGCGGAAGGAUCGAAAGAAUCGACAGGAAAAAGAAGGAAGGGCUGAUCCGACGCAAGUUGCGCUAGGUCUGCUUCCGCUCAGUCAUAUUUAUGGGCUGAUCGUGAUCGCACACUGCCGCGCGUACAGCGGAGAUUCAGCCAUCAUCCUGCCCAAGUUCGAGCCGCAAUCAUUCCUCUCCGCGAUUCAAACUCACAAGAUCAACAUUCUAUACCUGGUACCCCCGAUUAUCGUCCUCAUGACGAAGAACAAGCCCCUCCUCGACAAAUUCGACCUCAGCUCUGUGAUAAACAUCUUCACCGGUGCUGCGCCGCUCGGCGAGGAGACCGCCGCCGACUUGCUGACACAGUUCCCGAGCUGGGUCGUCGCCCAAGGCUACGGGCUGACGGAGACGUGCACCGUGGUCAGCGCGUCCAAGUUCGACGAUGUGUGGCUAGGCAGCAGCGGCUCACUGCUUCCGUCGGUCGAGGCGCGAAUCGUCGCGUUGGAUGGAUCCGAGGUAACAGAAUACGGCGUCCCUGGGGAGCUGUUGGUGAAGGGUCCGUCGUGUACGUUGGGGUACUUUAAUAACUCGAAGGCGACGUUUGAGACCUACGAGGAUGGGUGGGUGCGGACGGGCGAUGAGGUGGUGAUCAAGAAGCAUCCGGAGAGUGGGCACGAGCAUCUGUUUAUCGUGGAUCGGAUAAAGGAGUUGAUUAAAGUCAAGGGCCACCAAGUCGCGCCGGCCGAACUAGAGGCUCAUCUACUCACCCACCAUGCCGUCAACGACUGCGCCGUCAUCCCCGUCCCUGAUGCCGACGCAGGCGAAGUUCCCAAAGCCUUCGUCGUCAAAUCGCCCAACGUCGGCCUGGAGGAGAGCGACCGCCUGGUCGCGCGCGACAUCCAACGGCACGUGGAGAAGCACAAGACGCGGGCGAAGUGGCUGAAGGGCGGGGUGGAGUUCAUCGACGUGAUUCCGAAGAGCCCGAGCGGGAAGAUUCUCCGGCGGUUGCUGCGGGAUAAGGAGAGGGAGAAGCGGCGGGUGGCGGGGCCGAAGAUAUAGGAUAUCGAGUUGAGCGGUGGGCGAGUCUGAGUUGGAUUAUUCUGUAGAUUGGAUCUGUAAGCUGACUGGUGUCUUGGACGAUACCCUGCCUAGGUACUGAUGUAAACUGAUGCGAAGGGAGGAGCAGUCCUCCGAGUCAUUUGAUCAGCCGGUAUGGAUAUUGAUUAGUGCCCCAUUUGUUCCGCUCACAGCGAGUUCGCAUACGCCCGAUAACAGGAGGCUAGUU